CACGAAGUGGCGUCCACAUAAAUGUCCAACUUUCAUUAACGCCAUAGCCAGCUAUCCGUCUACCAUCUUACCGAACCCUGGGAAUCCCUUGUUCGUUCUGGAUUGUGCAAUUUGUUUUUUGUGGAUAGAAAACUGCCACAUAAUCUCUCACAUUAUCAUCAUUCAUCACCUCUCUCUCUCUCUCACACCAACAAUGGCAGCCAACCUUUCUUUCUUUCAAAUCUCUCCACGGAUCCUUCAGAACAGGGGGGACCUCAGAAGAAAAUCAGGCUCGCCUGCCAAAGUAAAGUUCGGUGGGAGUACAGUGGUGAGCUGUUCGUCCUUGAGUGGCGGGAAUAGGGGCCCGCAGGAGGACACCGUCAAGAGGCUUCUGGAAGAGAAGCGUCGGGCUGAGCUCUCGGCCCGAAUUGCCUCUGGUGAAUUUACCGUUGGGAAGUCCAGCAAUAGCUUUCUUUCAAAACUCAGAAAUGGUUUGUCGAAAAUGGGCUUGCCUGAUCAAGUAAUCAAUGUCAUACUCAAUUCCAUUGGUGGCCCAGAGGAUUAUUUAAAGAUUCCAGAGGCAAGAGGUGAUAUCAGAGCCAUCAGGAGUGAACCUUUUUUCAUUCCAUUGUUCGAGCUGUACCUUACUUACGGUGGAAUUUUUCGGCUCACAUUUGGUCCUAAGUCAUUUUUGAUAGUGUCAGACCCCUCAAUCGCCAAACAUAUAUUGAAAGACAAUCCAAAAGCUUAUUCAAAGGGCAUUUUAGCUGAAAUCUUGGACUUUGUAAUGGGGAAAGGACUUAUUCCUGCUGAUGGCGAAAUAUGGCGUGUCAGACGACGGGCUAUAGUCCCUGCACUGCAUCAGAAGUUUGUGGCUGCAAUGUUCCGACUAUUUGGAGAGGCAACAGAUAGGCUGUGCAAAAAGCUCGAUGCUGCUUCAUCCUAUGGUGAGGAUGUGGAGAUGGAGUCACUUUUUUCCCGUCUGACAUUAGAUGUCAUUGGCAAAGCCGUAUUCAAUUAUGAUUUCGACUCUCUAAAUGUUGACACUGGAAUCGUAGGGGCUGUGUACACCGUCCUGAGAGAAGCUGAAGACAGAAGUGUUGCACCAAUUCCAUUUUGGGAGAUUCCCAUAUGGAAAGAUAUCUCCCCAAAGCUUAAGAAGGUCAAUGCAGCUCUUAAGCUUGUCAAUGAAACACUAGAUGGCCUAAUUGCAAUUUGUAAGAAAAUGGUAGAAGAAGAAGAAUUGCAGUUUCAUGAGGAAUACAUCAAUGAGCAAGAUCCCAGUAUUCUUCAUUUUCUACUAGCAUCUGGGGAUGAUGUUUCGAGCAAACAACUCCGUGAUGAUCUAAUGACACUACUAAUAGCUGGGCACGAAACAUCUGCUGCUGUCCUUACGUGGACGUUUUAUCUACUUGCAAAGGAGCCUAGCAUCAUGGCCAAGCUUCAAGACGAGGUCGACUCCGUUCUGGGUGAUCGAUUUCCGACCGUUGAUGACAUGAAGAAGCUCAAAUAUACAUCUCGAGUAAUUAGUGAAUCAUUGAGACUCUAUCCACAACCACCUGUUUUGAUCCGUCGGUCUCUUGAGGAGGAUGUACUUGGAAAGUACCCGAUAAAAAGGGGCGAAGAUUUAUUCAUCUCUGUUUGGAAUUUGCAUCAUAGCCGUGAUCAUUGGGAAGAUGCAGAAAAAUUUAAUCCCGAAAGAUGGCCUUUGGAUGGCCCAAGUCCAAAUGAGACAAAUCAAAAUUUCAGCUACCUGCCCUUUGGGGGAGGUCCUAGAAAAUGUAUCGGAGACAUGUUUGCUUCGUACGAGAAUGCUGUAGCAGUUGCAAUGCUCGUUCGUAGGUUUGACUUCCAAAUGGCACCUGGAGCACCGCCUGUUAAAAUGACAACAGGCGCGACAAUUCACACUACUGAAGGUUUGAAAAUGACGGUUACACCAAGAAGUCGACCUCCUGUCAUACCAAAUCUGAAAGUUUCCACUGUAAAAGUCGAUUCCUCUUUAGAUAUUCCAACAGAGGUAGAAACAGUCUCUGGGUAGAAAGGUAAGGCCUCUCACUGUUUCCUAGUUACCUUUGCAUUUCGACCCCAAAAUCAUUAUAGAACAAGUUAGAGAUUGUGUGCGAAACAGCACAUUGUCUACCCAAAUCGAAUUCUUUCCCGGGACGUUCGUCCAAAAAUUUGGGUUCAGUAUGUGAGCUCAUCAAAAAGAAACUUGUCAAUAAUCCACUACCUAUAUGUGUAUUUACAAAGUAUUUUUCUUCCAUUCCUACAAAUGGUUGUAGAUAUAUUUGGGUUCGUAUAGGAAUAUCACGUAGUUAAGUAGUCCUUUGGUCUCGAAUGUUUAUUUUUCAAAAAUGGAUGAUCAUUGUUUGGGGUUUAUGGUGAAGAUAGGGAUGCUCCAAUUAGUAGAGAUCUCGUUUACUCGUUUAUUAUGUUGUGUGUAUACAUGUACUAUGUAAAGGUUGCUACAGCUUACGGUGUGAUUGAUAUACUGAGCAACUCAUUUAAAAUUAUGACUUUCAAUAUGUAUAAAACUAGUACGAAUUUCGUGCGAUGCACAGGUAAAAGAUAUUCAUUAAUAUUUAUAAAU